UGCUCCCGCCCCUCUAGUGCAGCCGCGCGGCCACAGGCGAAGCAACUUUGCGGGCGCCGAGGCUGGCCGGACCCGUCCCGCUCGCAGUCCCGCGAGGCCAUGGACGUGCAGGGCUGGCUGCUGCCCCCGCUCCUGCUGCUAUGCGCGCAGCCGCACCGCGGUGCUAGAGCGAUGAAUGACAUUGGAGACUACGUGGGAUCCAACCUGGAGAUAUCCUGGCUCCCCAACUUGGAUGGCCUUAUGGAAGGCUAUGCCCGAAACUUCCGGCCAGGCAUUGGCGGUCCCCCUGUGAACGUGGCACUUGCCCUGGAGGUGGCCAGCAUUGAUCACAUUUCAGAGGCAAACAUGGAAUACACCAUGACAGUGUUCUUGCACCAGAGCUGGAGGGACAGCAGGCUGUCCUACAACCAUACCAAUGAGACCCUAGGCCUGGACAGCCGCUUUGUGGACAAGCUGUGGCUCCCUGACACCUUCAUUGUGAACGCCAAAUCUGCCUGGUUCCAUGACGUGACUGUGGAAAACAAGCUCAUCCGCCUGCAGCCUGAUGGUGUGAUCCUAUAUAGCAUCCGCAUUACCUCCACAGUAGCCUGCGACAUGGACCUAGCCAAGUACCCCAUGGACGAGCAGGAAUGCAUGCUGGACCUGGAGAGCUAUGGCUACUCUUCAGAGGACAUCGUCUACUACUGGUCAGAAAACCAGGAGCAGAUCCAUGGGCUAGACAGGCUGCAGUUGGCCCAGUUCACCAUCACCAGCUACCGCUUCACCACGGAGUUGAUGAACUUCAAAUCGGCUGGCCAGUUCCCACGGCUCAGCCUGCACUUCCAGCUUCGGAGGAACCGUGGUGUCUACAUCAUCCAAUCCUACAUGCCCUCUGUCCUUCUGGUUGCCAUGUCCUGGGUCUCCUUCUGGAUUAGCCAGGCAGCAGUGCCUGCCAGGGUGUCUCUAGGCAUCACCACUGUGCUGACAAUGACCACGCUCAUGGUCAGUGCCCGCUCCUCCCUGCCACGGGCGUCAGCCAUUAAGGCUCUGGACGUGUACUUCUGGAUCUGCUACGUCUUCGUGUUUGCUGCCCUGGUAGAGUAUGCCUUCGCUCACUUCAAUGCUGACUACAGGAAGAAACGAAAAGCCAAGGUCAAGGUCACAAAGCCAAGGGCCGAGAUGGAUGUGAGGAAUGCCAUUGUCCUCUUUUCCCUCUCCGCUGCUGGGGUCAGCCAGGAGUUGGCCAUCUCCCGUCGGCAGGGUCGCGUCCCUGGGAACCUCAUGGGCUCCUACAGGUCUGUGGAAGUGGAGGCAAAGAAGGAGGCAGGGUCCCGCCCAGGGGGUCCAGGGGGCAUCCGUGCCAGACUCAAGCCCAUUGAUGCAGACACCAUCGACAUCUAUGCCCGAGCUGUAUUCCCUGCAGCUUUUGCUGCAGUCAACAUCAUCUACUGGGCGGCAUACACCAUGUGACAGCAACACACGGGCCACCUUCACAUACCCUGUGGCCAGGUGGCAGUUGCCAGAACUCUGGAAGUGCCCUUUCUGUGGGUCUCAAAGUGGGCAGAGAGGAUGCCUUGGCUUCCUGAGCGUCACCUCUGCUUUGCCCCUAAAACCAGCCUGCAUUUCCUGCAAGAUGGAGCAGGACCGGCUUUGGAUGGAGGGCCAGAGCCAGACUGACCGUUAGGUGAGCCUGGCACUGCUGGGCCUUGGGAGCUAUUAAUUUUUAGACUCAGACUGAUCCUGAUUUCUAGGCCUUUGUUCUGUGGGGUCAAGAGCAGAGAGCAGAAGAGCGGGAGGGGAUGGCCACCCUCAUGGUGAAACGGAGAAAGGCAUCAUGAGGCCUCUUUGGUCCCCAGCAUGAAAUAAAGCUUUGACCUGG